UUUUUCUCUGUCUGAAAAACACUCUCUCUCUUGAAUCUACUUUCUCUCUCAAAAAGUAGAUUUUGACAAAGAGAGAGUAUACGACGGGAGGAGAGACAAUGGGAGAUACAUCAAAUCCACCACUCGGAAGCAACUAAAAAAAGAGAGUAAGAAGUUAAAGUCAAAAGAGUUUCUGAGAGAUGAAACAAAACAAAACAAUCGCCGCCAUUGUUAGGGUUUUAAAAAGCUCCGAACUUUGUAUCGAAGAAUAACAAAAGCGUUGAACUUUGUAUUGAAGAUAAGAUUCGCUUAACAUAGACAAGCAGAGAAAGAGACUCGUCAAUGAUAGUGACUCCUCGAAUUUGAAUCGGAAAGAGACCCAAAGAUCUCAUUUUUGAAUUUCCUUCCUUCCUUCUACCCACAGAUCUGACAAUGUGAUUGAUGUCAACUGUGGGAGGUUUCUAUUAUUGUUGUAGUGUGUCUUUAAGUUGAGAUUGGUUCCUCUUUAGCAUUGUGGCUCUUUAAAAUCGACAGCUGUCUUUUACUUUUUUAUCUGUUUGUUGGGUAUGUGAAAGGGGGAGAAGAUGAGACCAGCUGCUGUACCUCUUGACUAUGCUGUCUUCCAACUCUCCCCAAAGCGCUCAAGAUGUGAGUUGUUUGUCUCUACUGCGGGGAACACUGAGAAGCUUGCUUCUGGACUGGUGAAACCCUUUGUUGCUCAUUUGAAAGUCGCUGAAGAGCAGGUCGCCAGGGAAGCUCAGUCUAUAAGGCUUCAAGCUGAAAGCAGCGAGAAUGCUGGAACUUGGUUUACUAAAGGGACACUCGAGAGGUUUGUACGGUUUGUUAGUACCCCAGAGGUUAUGGAAUUGGUUAGCUCUUUGGAUGAGGAAAUGUCUCAGUUAGAGGCUGCCCGGAAAAUAUAUGGCGAGGGGACUGGUGAUCAGCGACCUGGUUCAAAAGAUGGCACGGAAACUACAACAGCAGCUGAUGUGACAAAGAAGGAGCUACUUAGAGCUAUUGAUCUACGGCUUGCAGCGGUUAGACAGGACUUGGCAACUGCUUGUAAUCGUGCAUCAGCUGCUGGUUUCAACCCAGUCACUGUCCCCGAACUUAGUCAAUUUGCUGAUCGAUUUGGGGCCAAUCGCUUGAAUGAAGCAUGCGCCAAGUUUAUCGCACUUUUCCAGAGAAGGCCAGAGCUUAUGAGCUCUUGGAGGUUCAAUCAGGAAGAAGAAGCUAUACGUUCAUCUUGGGAAUCUGAUAUGUCAAUUGAUGAUCCCAGUGAAGACCCAUCCAGAAACCUACCAACUAAUAGAACCCAACAACAUAGAGAACAUCAAACUGGUAUGCAAGAAGCAAAGGUGAUGCCACAAAGUAGUCAUGAUGAAAAGGAUGAAGAAGAGGAAAAAAUCCCUGUGCAAAAUGAGCCAUUAGCAAGCCAGACUAAGCAGCUCACGAGACGGCUCAGCGUGCAGGAGAGGAUCAACCUAUUUGAAAACAAGCAGAAAGAAAGCUCCGGAGGGAAAACAGCUGUGGUGAAAUCCACUGAGCUGAAAAGGCUCUCUUCUGAUUUAUCAUCUUCUGUGCGGAGAUGGAGUGGUGCUAGUGACAUGAGCAUUGAUUUGGGAAAUGAUAGGAAGGAUGGUACUGGUGAUAGUCCAUUGUGCACUCCCCCGGCUUCAUCAGUGUCCAAAGAUGGAAGUGGUAUAUCUUCAAAACAAUCUGUCGGCUACAAGCAGACCGGAUUGAGUCAUGUUGAGAGCUCUCACAGGACUGCAGACGAAUGUAGCUCCAACAAUCUUGGUGACAAGGAGGUAAACUUGAACAUGCCAUCGAGCACGGGUAGCCAAGUGGGACAUCAAGGAAAUUCACAGGAUAGUUUAUUGGAGAAAAGUUCCAAGUUUCCAUACAAUGAAAAAAGUACCAGAGAGACUUCUGAUUACUCAGAGAAUGCAAAUAGAGAUGAUGAUGAUGAAUCUGAUAACAAAACGGGAGACUCUGAAUCAAAUAAGCAGGACCAAAUACAGUUUAGAGAUCCUCGGAGUCAUCCUUUGUCUACGUUACAGCAGUUAAGUGGUGCUGAAUCUAAUUUCACAAGUGUUCGGAGCAAUGGAGGAACUGCAGAGUCUCCUAGGAAAGAACCGUUGGCUAGGCAAUCACCACCAGUUGAGGAUCGCCAGAGAAAGACACAAGUCUAUGGAGGUUCUGAACAGAUGAAAAGACCGCAAGGUAGAAGGGGUGAAGGUUCCGAGACUGAUACUAUGAGCCAAGUGUCCCCACCAGAGCAAGUUCAAAGGGCUAGAGCGUUUAAGGGAAGCCAAGAGUUGAAUGAUGAGUUGAAAGUUAAAGCAAACGAGCUUGAAAAGCUAUUUGCUGAACACAUGCUCCGUGUGCCGGGGGAUCAAUCCAGUUCUGUCCGUAGAGGUAAGCCACAGGCUGCCACUUCACAGCCUAGAAGACCAGUAGCAGAGGAUCAGAAGACUCCAGCAACGCCAACUUUAAGCUCAAAUGAUGAAGACAAGUUCAAAACUCCGCCAACAAUGAAGAUGGUCGGUAACAAUGACUAUGGAGAUAAUACCACAAGGCAAAAACUUCCAGAGAUCAGCUUUUCAGAUAAUUCUAGAGGAAAGUCCUAUGAGAAGUAUAUGCAGAAGAGAGACGUGAAGCUCAAGGAAGACUGGAGUUUGAGAAGGUCCGAGAAGGAAGCCAAGUUGAAGUUGAUGCAGGAUAUACUUGAUCGCAGUAACGCUGAGAUGAAAACCAAAUUUUCUCAGUCUAAGGCAAAAGACUCAGAUGCUCGACGUGCAGAGAAGCUUGUGUACUUCAAUUCUAGGCUGAGUGCUAAAAAGGAUCAGCAUCCAAUUAGCUCAUUCCUCACUGAAGAAGAUGAAGAUGUUUCCAGGAGCAUCCAGAACAAGAAGCUACAACAAAACAAAACUAGUUCCUUGACUGCUCGAACCACUGCUACAUCAUCAGCUUCACGCUCUUCAGCGAAAGUUUCUACACCAAGUGCCGUUAGGCGGAGAGGACAAGACAAACUUCUUGCACAGUCAGUCCCUAACUUCGCCGAGUUCAAGAAGCAGGAAGGGAUGAUGAAACCAGCCUCGGGAGUUGGAAGAAAUGGUGUCCGCUCACAGGCGAGAAGCUCUGUUAGACCGAAGGCUGUAACUGAAGAAGAGAAGCCAAGAAGGCCGGCAAGUAUCAGAAAAGGUGCUGCUGAAGAAGCUGCAGAGCUGGCAGAUGUUUCUCAGUUGAAGUCAGAGGAUGGUGUUUGUGUACCUUUGAAUCUUGAUAAGGCUUCAGAAGGAUCGGAUGCAUCAGAGGAAAUGGAAAAGGAGGAGAUGGAAGAAGUGGUUGAUGACGCAGAAGCUGAAGCUUUCACGGAUGCAGAGAACGAGAAGCCAAGACUUAGUCAAGAGUUUGAAGAAUGGGGUGGUAAUGGUGAAUCUAAUUCUCAGCUUGAGCCUGAUUCAAAUGCUGAAGUGUCUACUGCUAGGCAUCAUCAAACCAUCGGUUCGUUUCUGGAUUCACAUGCUACAGUGGAGGACUCACCAGUGGGUAGUCCUGCUUUCUGGAACUUGUCUUCCCUCAACCAUACAGAGAAUGAUACAACUCUGAUGAGGAAGAAAUGGGGAGGAGCUGCUGCUCAGAAACGCGUUGGUGGUGGCAAUAAUCCAUCUCAGAGCCAGUGCCAGCAGGAUGUGACGAAAGGGUUGAAGAGGCUGUUGAAUUUUGGAAGGAAGAACCGUGCGGCUGAGAAUUUGGCUGAUUGGAUCUCUGCUACUACCUCUGAAGGGGAUGAUGAUACUGAAGACGGAAGAGAUCUUGCGAAUCGAUCAUCAGAAGACUUGAGGAAGUCGAGGAUGGGUUUUUUACAGACGCAGGCCUCUGAUGAUAGCUUCAACGAGAGUGAGCUAUUCAAUGAACAAGCCCAAAACACAAGUGCACCGUUAAGCUUUAAACUGAAGGAGGAUCAGGCGUCAGGAACUUCUGUAAAAGCACCAAGGUCAUUCUUUUCACUCUCCAAUUUUCGUAGCAAAGGGAAAUGAUUAGAGAGACCAAAGGUUCAUAGGAUCCAAGCAAAUGAAAGAUAACACAUGAUUCACAUCGCAGACAGUGGCACGACACACGAGUGUUGAAGAGUGAAAUGAUCUGAGAUAUUACGUGCUCUUUGUUUCCAGGUCAAUGUAUCAUAAUCAUCCUUUACUCUGAUAGUGGUUGAGCCUACGUUUGUAAAUUUGUAUCAAACCGGAAACAUGUCCUUAUCGGUUUGGUAUCGAUGUGAUUUUGGUAGUACAAACAAAAGGGUGGCAAUGUUUAUUUAACCAGUUUGUAUACUGUCGAAAGAUAAUUUCAUUCUAGGUACUACAUUA